AUGGAGACCGUCAACAAAUAUGUCAAUGCUGCUUCUAAUGCCAUCUGGGGUCAGGAUAGUACGCCCAGCGCGACACAGACCGUUCAGCAGCAUGGCGAAGAGCCUCUCUCUGGCGUUCAGGGCAAAGGAGACACUACGGAUCCCUAUGAUGCUGGCAACCGCGAUGAACAACCCGAUGCCCCCAAGUCAGACGGCAACACUGCCCCCCAGGAGCCUAAUCUAGGCGGCAAGCAACAAUCAUUCGAGGAAGCAGCUCUCGCAUCAGCCAAAGUCCCAGUCCCAACAUCCAAUGUACCCAUCAUAGGCGGAAAGCCGCAAUCGUUCGAAGAAGCUGCCGUCACAUCAGUCAAACUCCCAGUCCCAUCAUCCGACGUACCCACCACAGGCGGCAAGCCGCAAUCGUUCGAAGCAGCUGCCGUCACAUCAGACCCAUCGCCCAAGCUCGCAACCAUCGAUACCGAAGAUACUAGCUCCUCCCCCACCGCCGCUGCCGCUGCCAAAAUCAGCACCGCACAGCCAAUCUCCAGUGGCUCUACCGGGCUCAACAAGGAGAGCUCCACAUCCGAUAAGGAGCAGCGCGGCUCGUCCCAGCCCGAACACGGCGAAAGCAGCGAACCAUCGCGCACAGCUGCCCACGUCGACGCAAGCAAGGAAGCCCUCCAGGGUCCCCAGGGUCCCCCGCCGCAGAAGACGGCUGAGGAAUUUGAGAAGGAGGCUAAGGGCAAGAAGCCCGUGUCUGGGAAUGAUGAUACCGAGAAGAGCAACGAGUCCCCGACUAGUAGCAACAAGUCUGAGCAUUCCCAGGAAGGUGGGAAGACCAGUAAGUUGGCGAAGGUUAAGGAGAGUGUGAAGAAGCAUCUCCAUCACUCGAGCAAAUAG